CGCGACUCGUCUCUCGUAGUGUAAGCACGUACGCGCACGCGCGUCAUCAAAGCCGAAAGCGAGAGUUCUAAUCAGAAGCAGCCGAUAUCUAGCAAAAUGAGGCUUACCCGGUCAACUCUGGUUCAGAUUACCUGUAUUCUAAUGGUAGAGAUGGUAUAUGUACAAGGAACUUUGGAAGUGAAAUCAAAAUCGACAGAUAAUAUAGAAAAUCAUAGAAUACAAUUUCCGGAAGAAAUAAGUGCAAACGGAGUAUUUGAUGAAAAUUCGAACGACGAUCAACUACCGAUUUUACCCCCUAUUAUUCUUUUGGAUUUUGUAAAUGGAACAAGUCAAUCAUUCAAUUUUACAAAUUUAAAUGAUGAUAAGUCCAAACGAACUAUUGAUGUCAAUCUCGGUUACGGAUUUAAUCAGAAUAAUCUUUUUAAUGGAAAGCAUAAUCUUUAUUUUCCAGCUGGUAAAACAGGAACUGCCGUCAGCAUUGAAGAAUCUAUAAGCCCAUUUGAGCCAAAAACAGUUACUGAAAUUAUCAAACCCAUAUCAGAACAAAUAGAUGCAAAUGUUACCCACGCGAGAGAUAAAUCUAAACCAUCGGUUCUAGAAGCAUUACCAGAUCCUUUACCACUACAAAACGGUCGUGAGCCAUUACCUAUCUAUCCGCCUUAUCCACCAUAUGGGCAACGUACAAAGCUUCAGAAAACAUCGUCUCAAGAUUCAGGUCAGCAGGCGAGAAGACCACCUGGACAAUUUACUAAGUCGCAUCCUACAAAUCCCGGUUUAGAAAAUUACAAUACAUUGUUUGCAACUUAUGCAUCGAUGAAACCAGCUGGUUACCAAGCUAGCCCAUCCCAUUUAUCUGCAUCUGGAAAUACCAAUAAUUAUGCAAGACCAAUGACGUCUCACUACCUUAACAAUUACAUAACUGAUAUUUAUAGCAAUAGUGGGAUUAGCAACGGUAAUGGGGGUAAUACUAUCACUACAAAUAGCGGUACGAAUAAUCAGAACUCAGAGAGACAGGAAUAUAAUCUGGCAAAUUAUCCGAGAUACACAGUUGAAAAUGGAAUUAAGUAUGAGCAUAAAAUUGUUUGGAAAUAUCCAGAUGGCAAAAUUUCAGAAACACCACCUAUGUCUUAUGUAAAUUCUUAUUCUGAGUAUGCUGAGCAGCAUAAAGUUAACGGAGCAAAUGCGGAUAAUUCACAUGUGUCUAACGAUUAUCAAUUUAAUCCAGUAAUUCCCAAACAGGAACAAAACGCUCAAGGAAACAGUUACACUUCUUAUACUGCAGAUGCCCAGAAUAACGUUUACUCUCAAAAACCUGUUCAAUUUCCAAUCAAUCAAGAACAAUCAAUCGGAGAUAAUCGAAAGGAGCAAAGCAAAUUCAUUUCCUCGUCAUCCGCAGCUGUUCCAACUAGAAAUCAUUAUGAAUCUGUAAAUACAUAUAAUCCAACUAAUUAUCAAGGACAAUAUGGCUUAAGGCAGAAUCCUAAAUAUAAUUCUCGGAAACCAAUAAUCAAUCAUAAGAUUCAGGAUGCCACGUAUAAUAAUCAUAGGCCAACGACAAAGUACAUCGUCAGUAAUCCUGAUUCUGAAUUAAGUUAUCAGGCUGAAAAUGUACAAGAAAAUUUAUUUUCACCAAAUGGACAAAUUAACAAAGAAGUUUUAGCUAAGUAUUCCCCCGAAGCUCAAAAUUAUUUAAUGAAAGUUUUCUCGUCAGGAAAAACUACGAUAAAAAAUAAUCACGUAACUGAAGAUACAGGAAACUAUGCCAAUACAGAUUAUUCUCAUUUACUUAACUAUAAUCCAUCGAUUACACAAUAUAUUAAGAAUCCUUCGUCUAUAUUAAAUGCACAACCAACAUUUGUUCAAGUUGGUAAUUCACUUGUUCCGGUUAUUAUUCUUCGAGUUGAUGGCGCGCCGCCUAUACAACCAAAAGUAGGAUCUAAUAUUAAUUUAAAAGCCCUGCUUCGCCAAUAUUUAACUCAAUACGCAACUAGUGUAUCUAAGGGAAAUGAGAAUACAAAUUAUAAUUUGGGAAAUGUUAUGAAUGUUAAUGAAGCUUCCUUAUCUCAGUCAAAUCCAGUUGAAGACUUGAAACAUUUAACCGAAAGUCUAGCUUCUUUACGUCAACGUGGAUAUCGAGAUCCAGAUUUUACAGAAAAUUAUACACGUAGUUAUGUGCAACAAUCGCAACCAUCUUAUCACGAUAAUAGCCAAGCAACGCAAGAUUAUUCAACUAAUUAUAAUCGAUUUGUAAAAGAUUAUCAAAAGAUUCAUGCCGGCCAGCAAACCAGAAAAUCGCAAACGAAAGUGAAAAAUGUACAGAUUAUUGAAGAUCCCAGGUAUCCAGGAUAUAAAUAUAAUAACUAGAUAAAAAAUAGAAUAAGAACGUUGAAAUAGAUUACAUGUGU